UAGAAGGCCUCGUAACGCCACGAGCACAACACAAGCCACCCUUAACAGCAAGUCCACCGUUAACCAUCAAUUUAGACAAAAAAAACAGCGACGUCUUUCCUUCCUAAAUUCUUGACUAAAUCUCCCUAUUGAAAUCUCCUGACAAAAUCAAAAUACCUGUGCUUCAUCAUCUACUAAUUACUCUUUAUCACCAUAUAGCUCAGUUUCUGGUCAAUUUUUUUGGGUACUUUCAAAAUUCAUUGAACUACUGAAUGAUGAUGGAAUUAACAGCUGAAUUCAAUGACGAUGAUAAAUUUUCAGAAUCCAAUCAACUUUUACCCCAGAACCCCAAUAAACCAAUCGAAUUAUUCGAAGAAUUAGAGGAGGAUUCAGAAGUUGCGUUCGAAUCCGGCGAGAAAAUAUGCAUAGAAGAUUUCGAUGUCGAAUCGCUAAGUGAUUACACAACUCCAGGACCCUUUUCAUGGAAGAAACUAUGGCGAUUUACGGGGCCAGGGUUUUUGAUGAGUAUAGCAUUUUUAGAUCCGGGUAAUUUAGAAGGGGAUCUACAAGCAGGAGCUAUUGCUGGGUAUUCAUUGCUGUGGCUAUUACUUUGGGCUACGGCAAUGGGGCUUUUGAUUCAGCUACUUUCGGCUCGAAUCGGAGUCGCUACCGGUAAACAUUUAGCUGAGCUUUGUAGAGAGGAGUACCCGAAUUGGGCGCGAUACUUGCUGUGGAUCAUGGCAGAAAUCGCUCUCAUUGGGGCGGAUAUUCAAGAGGUUAUUGGAAGUGCCAUUGCUAUUCAGAUACUUAGCCGUGGGGUUUUGCCCCUUUGGGCUGGUGUUAUUAUCACCGCGUCUGACUGUUUCAUGUUUUUAUUUCUUGAGAACUACGGAGUGAGGAAACUAGAAGCUGUUUUUGCAGUUCUCAUUGGUACAAUGGCUCUGUCAUUUGCUUGGAUGUUUGCUGAUGCAAAGCCCAGCGGAAAGGAACUUCUUAUAGGUGUUCUAGUGCCUAAACUAAGCUCAAAAACAAUCCGGCAAGCUGUUGGAGUUGUUGGUUGUGUCAUAAUGCCCCACAAUGUUUUCUUGCAUUCUGCAUUGGUGCAAUCAAGGAAAAUAGAUCCCAAAAAGAAGGGACAUGUGCAGGAGGCCCUGAAAUAUUAUUCAAUUGAGUCCACCAUAGCCCUUCUAGUGUCUUUCAUGAUAAAUUUAUUCUUGACUACCGUAUUUGCCAAGGGAUUUUACGGCACUAAACAAGCGAGUAGCAUUGGCUUGGUGAAUGCUGGACAAUACUUGGAGGAGAAAUACGGAGGAGGAUUAUUGCCAAUUUUGUACAUAUGGGGGAUUGGGUUAUUGUCUGCUGGGCAGAGUAGCACCAUAACUGGCACUUAUGCUGGGCAGUUUAUCAUGGGAGGUUUUCUUGACCUUCGCUUGAAGAAAUGGCUAAGGGCAUUAAUCACACGGAGUUUUGCUAUAGUGCCAACUAUGAUUAUUGCUAUAGUUUUUAAUACAUCUGAAGCUACAUUGGAUGUUCUGAAUGAAUGGCUUAAUGUGCUCCAAUCUAUACAAAUACCCUUUGCUCUUAUCCCACUUCUUACCUUAGUGGCAAAAGAGGAAGUGAUGGCUUCUUUCAAAGUCGGGCCAAUUCUUCAGAGGAUUUCAUGGACUGUGGCUGCGCUUGUCAUUGUCAUCAAUGGUUACCUCCUCCUCGAUUUCUUCAUGUCUGAAGUGAAUGGACUGUUGUUUGGAUCCUUAGUUUGUGCUACAACAUUAGCAUAUGUUACCUUCAUUAUCUACCUAGUUACUCGUGAUGGUGUCCUUUCUGCAACGUGGUCAAAUUUGAUAUCUGGAAAAAGCUCCAUUUGUGCUGGUAAUUAGACAAGAUAGAAAGAGUCCUGUCUGUGGCAAGAUUAUUUAAGAUAGAAAAGUAUGUCCAUAUGCUUCUCAAUUAAUCAGUGUGAACAGGAUUGUUAAUCCGCAAAUUUUGGUCCUUUGCGUACUCCUGCCAUUGUAAGCUUGAUGUGUAGGAGCUCUCGAGCAAAUGAAAACUACAAGCAUAAAGGAUAUUAGUACAGUACAAAGAUAGAUGAUACACCUGACGUUAGUUUAUAGGCUUUUAAGAAUCUGCAAGUGUAACAUUUUUUACUUUAUUUUAUUUUAACUUUUAGGGGAGGGGGAUUGCGGGGGUAGUUGAAGUGGAUAAGGUUCAACUAUAGAAGCUUUGUUGUGCUAUAUGCAUCAUGUUUGUAUGUAAUAUGUUAUGAAUAGCUGCUGUCUAUCCUUGUUAAUGGCAAAAUAUCAAUUGUUA